ACAGAUUUAACUUGCUGAGAGAUACACUUUGAUUUUAAACCUGAGAUUACCAUGAAUUUUCAAUAUAAUUUCUCCAACAAUACCCAAGAUGACUUUCACCAAGAUCAAGGUGUACAGCACAUCCUUAGCAACCAGGCAGGAGUUACCUAUUUCCAUGGUGUGGCCCCUACCACUAGAUUUGGAGUCAUCAAUCAGCCAGUGAUUUGGCCUGAGUACCAUAGUUAUCAGCCCCAGCAAAACCAUGGGCUGCUCGGCAACUCCACUGCUCUACCGCAGUUCCUGCCUGUCACCGAAAUCCCAGUCCUCCACCCUAUCCCUCCUCCAUGGGAGGGAUACCAUGGGAUGACCCUCCAGGAUGGAGUAGCCUUUGAUCCCCGGCUACAAGGCCCUGUGAUGUUUGUGGAUCCUAGGGGCCAACAGCAUGGCACCUCUGUGAACUUCCAUCCACAGCUGCAAGCGCCCCUUGUGGCUGUGGGUGGUGUAGGCCCAGAGUAUGGUGUCCCUGUUCCCUAUGCUCCACACGUGCAGACCCCCAUCAUGUAUGUAGAUGCCAAUGGGCAGCAGCAUGGCACUACUGUGCCUUUCGACUCACAGCUGCAGGCCCCCUUCAUGUUGGUGGACAGAGGAGGUCUACCUCAUGGCACCUCUAUGCUCUCUGAUGAAUAUCUACAAGCACCCUUGAUGCCGAUGGAUGCCACAGACCUACAGCAUAGGACCGCUAUGCUCUUCAAUCUAGUACCAGCACCAAUUGAACCAGUUGAGCUCAUCGACAACCCACAGUUGCCAUCGAUUGAGCAGCUGGCUGCUGGACCAAGCAGCACUGGCCUGAUGACACCAGCCCUGAUGGUAAAGAUUCCAGCCCCGAAGAAGACCACUGAAGUGGCAAUGUGUGCCCCAAGUGGUGUGACUACUGAGUCGUUGAAUCCACAGGCAACCACGUCCACAGUGGUUGCAGAGGCCAUGCAGGUGCAAGCUGGCCAGUCAAAGGCCAAGAUUAAGCCCCAGCAACCAGGUACCAGCAGUUCAAGGGAGAGCCUGGUGGUCAAGCUCAAAAGCCAGGAUGACACCAAGAAACAGCAGCUGCAUGGUGUCAUGAUGGAUGCUGACAAAAAUGUUUUCAAACAGGCACUGAAGGCUGAUCAUGUCGAGACGGGCAAGGCAGAAGCCAACCUGCCCAAGACACCUAAGAGCAGCCACCCUGAGAAUGCUGACAGGCACAAAGACAAGAACAGAAAGCACAAGCAUGACAAGGGUGGAAAAGAGAGGAAGGAAAAACGGCACAAGAACGCAACAAGCCCGACCGAGAAAACAAACAAGUCUGGUGAUGGAGAGAAGGAGGGGCCAGACACCAACAAGAAAAUAGACAGUUCAAAGAUGCCUGAAGAUAAGUCAAAGGCUAAGCACAAGGACCAGUCCAAGAGCAAGAAGGCCAAAGAAACACCCAUCAACAUGCAACCCAGAAGCAAACUUGGAGAACGCAUCAUGCACUCUGUGCAAGUCUUCUAUAAGCUUGGAGACAAGAUUGAGAAAGUCAAGCCCCCGAAACCAAAACCAGAGGCUGCCAAGAAGUCUCAGUCUGAGCGUCCCAGCUCAUCUGGCGGUCAAAGGGGGCAGCCAAAGAUCCCCUACCCAGUGCAGUCUUACAGGAUCCCUAAGGUGCAGAGCCCAAGCAACGCGCCGGAGCGGCCAGGACCAAGCAACGUGCCAGACUGGGCAUCUGUGCGCUCUCAUGCUGACCAGUCACGCCGCCCAGAGCACAGUCAAAGCAGGCCUUCCGCACCCGAGAUAAGGGUCCAGAGGCUGCCAGCACCUGCCCGCCAAAGACAUCGCUACGAGGUGCCGCACUUCUUCAAGAACCAUGCCUAUGGCAGUGUGGGCGACUACGGGGACGGAGAGAGGAUCGUCUACCUGAAGCCUGAGUACCGUGGCAUGUUCCCCAUCACCCUCGUCAACUUGCCGCCACUGCCCCCCGGGGCGCCCCGGCGCUUCCACUGCCGGGAGUACUCCGUCACCAUCACCGCCGAGCGCCGUGCCGAGAAAGAGGCCAUGAAGCGCGAGGCCAAGCGGGAGAGGGAUGAGGCCGCCAAGAUCACACGCAGCAACAUGGACUGCAGUGUGCUGGCCGACCGCAAGCAUCUGCCGCAUGAGCCGUGGCCGAGGAAGGACAACUGGUGGGAGACCGGACUGGACGAAGUGUGGAAGUUCGAUGAGUGUUUGCUGGGCCCCAGGGAUGACUUGAUGUUCGACUGAAACAAAUGCUUUUGUUUCAUUAAA